UUUAGUUAGUCGGCUGCAUGCUUUACUUCCGCGUGCGGUGUCAAACAAAAAUAUAAUUAUUUUUUUAAAAAACUAAAAAAGUGCUACAAUAUUUAAGUAAAAAACUAGUACAAUGUUAGUACUAUUUGAAACCCCUGCGGGGUAUGCAAUUUUUAAGUUAUUGGAUGAAAACAAACUAGCCAAAACAGAUAACCUUUAUCAUGAUUUCGAAACGCCAGAAGCUGCAGGCAGAGUGGUGAAAUUAAAACAUUUCGAAAAGUUUGCCGAUACAACUGAGGCAUUGGCAGCAACAACCGCAGCAGUUGAGGGAAAAGUGAGUAAAUCGUUGAAAAAAAUUUUAAAAAAAUAUUGUUCCGAAGUACAAGAACAACUUGCUGUUGCCGAUGCAAAAUUAGGUAAUGCUAUUAAAGAUAAAUUAAGUUUAUCAUGUGUAAGCAAUACAAAUGUUCAAGAAUUAAUGCGAUGCAUUCGAAGUCAAAUGGAUAGUCUUCUUGCUGGUUUUCCCAAAAAGGAAAUGACAGCAAUGGCACUUGGUUUAGCUCACAGUCUCUCAAGAUAUAAAUUAAAAUUUUCACCCGAUAAAAUUGAUACAAUGAUAAUUCAAGCUGUCUGUCUUCUUGAUGAUCUUGAUAAAGAAUUAAAUAAUUAUGUAAUGCGUUGUCGCGAAUGGUAUGGAUGGCAUUUUCCCGAAUUGGGAAAAUUAAUUACCGAUAAUGUGGCAUUUGUAAAAACAGUGAAAAUAAUUGGUACACGAGAAAAUGCAUCAUCCAGUGAUUUAUCAGAUAUAUUACCGGAAGAUGUUGAGGAAAAAGUAAAAGAGGCAGCUGAAAUUUCAAUGGGCACAGAAAUAUCACACGAUGAUAUUAUAAAUAUACAACAUUUAUGUGAUCAAGUUAUUGAAAUUUCACAAUAUCGUUCACAAUUAUAUGAUUAUUUAAAAGCAAGAAUGUUGGCAAUGGCACCAAAUUUAACUGUUCUUGUUGGUGAUUUAGUUGGUGCACGAUUAAUUUCUCAUGCUGGUUCAUUAAUUAAUCUUGCAAAACAUCCAGCAUCGACAGUACAAAUUCUUGGCGCUGAAAAAGCACUAUUUCGAGCACUUAAAACAAAGAAAGAUACACCAAAAUAUGGUUUAAUUUAUCAUGCGCAAUUAGUUGGUUCGAGUUCGACGAAAAAUAAGGGAAAAAUGUCACGUAUGUUGGCUGCCAAGGCAUCAUUGGCAAUUAGAGUUGAUGCACUUGGUGAGGAUGUGAAUUUUGAUUUUGGUGCUGAACAUAAGGCAAAACUUGAGGCAAAAUUGAGAAUGUUAGAGGAGGGAAAUUUACGUAAACUAAGUGGUACUGGUAAGGUGAAAGCGAAAUUUGAGAAAUAUCAAACGAAAAGUGAAAUUCUUCAAUAUCCAACUGCUGCUGAUUCUACAUUGACAACAACUAAGAGACGAUAUUCCGAGGCUGAGGAGAAGAAACCAUUAAUUGAGGAAAUUAAAACAGAGGAGGUUCCAAAGAAGAAGAAAAAGAAAGACGAUGGAGAUGAUGAUGAUGAUGAUGAUAAGACUGAGGGAGUACAAGAACCCGAACAGGAAUUUGUUACACCUAAGAAGAAAAAGAAGAAAAUUAAACAGGAACCCGAAGAAGAGGCCGAUGAGUCCAUGAAAGUUGAGGAAGCUGAAACAUCCGAACCGAAGAAGAAGAAGAAAAAGAAGAAGGACAAAGAUCAAGCUGAAGCUAUGGAAAUGGAAGAAGUAACUCCAAAAGAAGAAGUUGCCGAAUCUGUUGGCAGUGAAAAAAAGAAAAAGAAAAAAAAAGUUAAAGAAGAAGUACAAGAUGAAGAAUCCGCAAUUCCAGAUGAAUAUUUAGCAACAAGUUCAUCUGAAAAGAAAAAGAAGAAAAAAAAGAAACACCAAACAACUGAAGAUCCGGAUACGUAAGCUGUAAUUUUAAGAAUUUAGAAAUAUUAAAGUAUUUUUUCUUUUCUUUAUUGAAACUUUUUAAUUUUUUUUUUUUUUUUAUUAUUAUAAUUAAUAAUUCAAAUAAUGAUUAUUUUAUAUCAUUACGAUUAAUUUUUUUGAUAAACAACUUUUAUCAGUCAAUUUAACAAAAACAAAUGUUUAAAUAAAAUAGAAGGAAAAAAAACUAUUUUGAAUUAUGAAAAUAUUAAAACUAGUUUUAAACUAGAAAAUAUCUUAACUAUUUGAUAAUAAUUACUUUUAUAUCAGGAAUUUAUUUUACUGUAAAAAAAAUAAUAUAAAAUACAUAGAAUUUGUAUUAUAUAUAUAUUUAUGAAAAAUUGUUUUUCUUUACCCAGAAAAAAAUAUAUAUCGUGAAUUAGAGAAAAAAAGACCAAUUUCUUUAUUUUCAGAUUUAUUGUUUGCCAAGAGAAAAUAUAUUUCGAUAUAAUUCUGUAUAAAUCAAAUACAUAAAAAAUAUAUAUACUAGAUUGCAUCACGCUAUUUUUAAAUUAUGUUCGUCUAGUAUUAUAGUCUGUUUGUUCAUUUUAACAGACUUGAUACAGUGUGUGUAUGUAUGUAUGUGUCAUUAAUGCUUUUUCAGCUAUUGUUUUACUUGCAUAUUACAGUUUUCAAUAUUUUAUUAUUAAAUAUUUACUAGUUACUGUUGAUAUCAGUUUAAAAUGAAUUUACUAAUUGGAAAUAAAAAAUAAAAGAAUUUCCUCAAAAGACCAAAAGUUAAGCAACAAGAAUUUAAUUAAACAAUUAAAAAGAGAAAUUUUUUUUUAAUCAAAUAAAUUAAUAUUCAUAUCAAAAAAUUAGAAGUAAAAUAAAUUUUUCCAAAAAAUGAAACUAAAAUAUAUCGAAUUUAUCUUGUUGCAAAACAUUUUCCAUAUUUUUUUUUUUUUUUUUUUUUUUUUUACACAAAUUCACAAUUUUCGAGAAGAUCGCUAAUUUUUAUUUUUAUAUUUUUUUUCUUUUUGUACAAUGAUUUCUCUAACGAACGAUAUUUAAUCAUGAAAACGACAAAAAACUUGAUAAAUUUUUCAACAAGUAUUUUUUUUUUUCGACGCACGUUUAGAUUACUGUUUUUUUUUCUUUCUUUCUAAUGACUAUAUUAAAGAGAACUAUACAUUAUAUCAAAAUACAAUUUUCAAAAAUGAUUGAUUGCACAAAAUUCAAAAAGCUAGAGACAUAAUAUUAUUAUGUAUAUAAGAAUUAAUAUAUGUAUAAUUAGUAGAUUAAUUCUUCAUUUGAAGGGAAAUCAAUUCAUUUUUGAAUUCCAAAGGAUAAACUACGCUAAAAAAAGCAUAUAUAAUAUAUAUAAACGCAUUGCUCGCCACACAACACAUAAAAAAAAUCACCGUUUUACAUAUAUCUACUUAGUACAUCAAACUAAAAAUUCGAAAUUAGUUUUACUAAAUUUUUUAUUUUUACUUGUCAUUUCAAGACGAUGUUGUUUUUCUUCUCCCUCCCCUUCUUUAAAUGUAAAGUGUUUCUAUGUAAAUAUAAUAUUGAAACAUUUCAUGGUUUCAUUAUAAUGAAAUAAUUGAUCUUGAUAUUUGUAAAAAUUCCGAUACAAAAUGUGAUUUUUUUAAACUUGGGUAAAUUUUUAAAUAAAUUCAAAAAAAAAAAAUUAAAUUAAAUGAAAUUUUACAAAUUUCAUGAUCACUUUCGUUCGGUAGAAUUUUUUUUUUUUUUUUUUUUUAUUAAAACCACAUGUAAUUUAAUAACAUGUGUAAAAUAAAAUAUUUUUUUCAACAAAGCGAUCUUUGACCAGAGAACUUAAUAAAUCACAAAUUAAACCUACGCUUAGAUUUACUAUUGCUAAAGUUCAAGAAAAAAAAGGAAGAAAGCAUAUGUGUAAAAGAAAAGAAUUUUUUUUUUAAAUAAUAAUAUAAGUCAAUUUUUCAAUUAUGUAGUACGUUAGUUUUUAUAAUAGUCUUGCUCUUCUGUUUUUUUUUUAUUUUGUUUUAAUACAAAACGUAUCAGCCUUUAUAUAAAUUUUUAAGGGUGCCUUAAAGCAACGCGAUAUGAAAUUUCGAAAUGUUAAACAAUUCGAAUUCCUCAAUCCUAGAAAAAAAAAUAAAAUAAAAAAAAAGUCGUAAUUUAAACUACUAUACCCAAAACAUUAUUCUGACCAUUAUUUGUACUCCAUUCUAUCUUUGUCGACUUUCUUUAUAAUCGUAAAGCAAAUUUAACUUUGCGAUAUAUAUAUAUAUAUAUAAUAUAAUAUAUAUUUUAUAUUUAUAUUAUGUUUAAUAUAAAUUAGUCAAUUCAUUAAUCCUGGUCAACAUAUUUUAUACAUGACUGACAAGUUUACCGCAGAUUUUUUAUUUAUAAACUAAUAUUCUGAUUAGAGGUAGGCGGUUUGACAAUUUUCAAAGAAAAGAAAAAUCUUUAACUCCGCAGAUAGAAAGACAAAAUUUUAUUUUAUUUUUUUUUUGUUUUAUUAGAAUAUGUAUUUUAUUCUAAAGAGACAAUCUGCAAACUUUAGAGCAUAUAGAGCACUUUUCCCCGAAAUUAACAAUUUUUUUUUUUUCAUGUAUUGAGACUCCGAUUUUCUUUUAUUAUUAAUUUAAACUUCUACCAAAAUUUAUUCAUUCGAGGGGAUUUUUUCAGUAAUUUUAAAUUAAUGAAUUCUUAUAUUUGAUAAUACCUAUUUUACUUUUAUUAAUUGUUCAAAAUUUUAAGUUUGGAAAUAGAAAAUAUUAUUAAAAUAAUAUAAUAAUAAUAAUAAUAAUAAUAAUAUUAAAAUAUUAAAUAUAUAUUUAUUAUUUUAAAAUAAUUAUUAAUAUUAUUUUCUAUUUAAAAUUUUUUAAACAAAUAAUUAUGUUAACAAAUUGUUUUAGAUUAAAGUUACAUUUUUUUUUUAAUUCUAUAAUUUUAAACUGUAUCUAAUUAAUUUUUGUUAAAAAUUGAAUUUUUCCUCACGAUUAUAAAUAUGACUUGAAAAAAAUUAAUUAUUUCAAAUUUGAAUCAUUUGCAAAAAGUCUAUUUUUUAUUAAUUCAAGAACAUAUUUUUGACUUUUAAAAACAUAUUCCAAAGAAAAAUAACCUUUUUGAAAAAUUAUAAUUAUCAUUUAAAUUGAAAAUCGGAUGAAAGGUGCAGUGUUAAAGUAUUGCACGAGAAUUGGCUCGUCACUUUGCAGACUGCAAAGCUUUACAAUUAAAAAAAAAAAACCAGUUAAUGGUU